UUUAGCAGGAGCUAAAGUGAAACCGGCAAUUCGCCACACGCGCUGCUGCCAGUGUUUGAGCUAAAAGCCUCACAGCUACCGGCGCUUCAAUAAAAUCACUUCAAAUUCAACACAAACACAUAUUACUGAUUCCCACUUGCUGAAACCAGUUGACCAAAGAAAUGGUGAUGGAGAAGCCAAGUGCCCAGCUUGUCGGGCGAGAGUUUGUCCGACAGUACUACACCCUGCGGGUGCACUCGCCUGAAGUGGUCCAGGAGGAGUCUGCUGGGUACUACGAACAGCCACCUUGCGUGGAGCCCGAGGCGCCGCAAGAAGAGGUGUCUGUAAGCCCAGAGCCCCAGCCUGAGCCAGAAGCAGAGGUGGAGCCUGAGCCAGCAGCUGUGCAGCUGAAACCGGAGCCUGUCAGCGAGCCUGAGGUUCACAUGGAGGAAAAGAUCCUGAGAUCUCCCUCUUCGCCCACACCUGCUGACACGGCACCCGCCAUGCCAGAGGACAACCGGCCGUCGUCUUGGGCUUCAGUCACUAGCAAGAAUCUCCCACCCGGAGGAGUGGUCCCCGCCACAGGAGUCCCUCCACAUGUUGUCCGAGUACCAUCUGCGCAGCCGCGUGUGGAGGUGAAGGCAGAAACACAGACCACAGCACAGAGACCCCAGAGAGACCAGAGACCACGUGACCAAAGACCAGGACCCUCUCCAGCCAACAGAACAGCAAGGCCAGGAGCAGUGCGGGAGGGUGAGAGCGGGGAACCAGAGGUGCGGCGAACGGUCCGGUAUCCUGACAACCACCAACUCUUUGUCGGAAACGUACCUCACGACGUUGAUAAGAACGAGCUCAAGGAGUUCUUUGAACAGUACGGCACUGUCCUUGAACUGAGAAUCAACAGCGGUGGAAAGCUGCCUAACUUUGGAUUCGUGGUGUUUGAUGACGCUGAGCCUGUGCAGAAGAUCCUCAGCAAUCGGCCCAUUAAACUGCGAGGAGACGUUCGGCUUAACGUAGAGGAGAAGAAGACCCGCUCAGCCCGUGAAGGUGACAGGCGGGACAUCCGCCCCAGAGGCCCGGGGGGACCACGCGACAGGGUAGGCGGGUCAAGGGGACCGCCCACCCGCGGAGGCAUGGCUCAGAAACCCAGUUUUGGAGCCGGUCGAGGCACAGGACCCAGCGAGGGCCGCUAUGCAGGACCACGUCAGUGAGGCAGCUCCUACGUCAUUCACUGCUGAUGCAAGUCACCCUGGAUAACACAGAUGGCUUCCCUGUUCCCUGUCUCCAUCCCUCACUCCAGGACCCAGGAGUGAGAUUGUUCUUCUUUAUCUGGACUCUUCCUUUUAUUUCUGAGAUUGAACUUGAAUUUGUUGUAGAAAAACAAAACUACUUGAAUUGGGGAAAGGAGAAACCUAGCAUUUGGUUUUAGCGUUCUCUCCCUGUUUCUUAAAGGAACGUGUUUUUACUGCUUGGGCAAUCCUGUGUAUUGCUAGCACCCGCUUUCAGGUCAAGUGCAAGUAUGGUUUUAUUUGGGUUGGUUGCAAAGUCAAAUCAUGGUUGUGUGUGAGUGACUAUCUAGCAUGUUUGCCUUCUACUGUUGCACUUCAUCAAGAAUGACAACAUAUUUUAACAACUCCACUGUUGAGAGAACAAAAUAAACUCUAUGUACUA